UCCUCUGCAGUUGUCCUAUAAAAAUUGUUUUGUACAAAUUGCAUUGCUUGUGGAUGCAGCCAACUUACUUUCAUCACUAGUUAAAAAGACUCCAUUCAUGGAGGCAAUGCUUACAUUUGAAUGUUUCGAUUGAAUUAGAUUUAUGGGUAAAAUUCUAUUCAGUUGCCAGAGGGAAAUCAUAAUUUCUGGUUUGUAUCUCAACAAUAAGAAGAAAUGCAAAUAACAUGGCCAACAACAGACAACCUACUUCUGAACUCAAUGAAAUCACGAACACUGCAUGCUCUCUACUUCCUAACAUAUGAAAAUCAACUAAGUUGUGUCCUCACGAUCCACCAUUUACACCCUCACUAGAUAUUUCCUUACCGCAACACACAUUCUCUCGAUCGAACCAAGUUCCUCGAGAUGGAGAAGAAAGGAUCACAAAGAGAUGGGACUUUGUUGCAGCAUCCACUUCUCCUAGUUCUUGCUCUAGCUAUAAGUUUUGUUAUAAUGGAUCCGUUUAGAAUGGGACCUUUAGGAGACCAUGAUUUCAAGCCUUUUAAGCAUGACCUUGCCCCUUACAAGCAAGUCAUGGAAAACUGGCCUAGAGACAAUAGAAGUCGAUUAGGGUCCGGAAAUUUGGAGUUUGUCGAUGAAGUUUUCGGCCCUGAAUCGUUGGAGUUCGACAGCCUGGGGCGAGGCCCUUACGCUGGUUUGGCCGAUGGACGCGUUGUGAGAUGGAUGGGACAGGAUGUUGGAUGGGAAACCUUUGCACUUGUUACCACAAACUGGUCAGAGAAACUUUGUGCUAGAGGAGUUGACUCAACCACAUCUAAGCAAUGGAAGCAUGAGAAACUGUGUGGUCGCCCACUGGGUCUAAGGCUCCACAAAGAGAGUGGAAAUUUGUACAUUGCUGAUGCUUAUUAUGGCCUUCUGGUAGUCGGACCUGAAGGAGGGCUUGCUACUCCUUUGGCAACUCAUUUGGGAGGGGACCCAAUACUCUUUGCAAAUGACCUUGACAUACACAAGAAUGGAUCCAUCUUCUUUACUGACACCAGCAAAAGAUACGACAGAGUGGACCAUUUCUUCAUAUUGUUGGAAGGAGAAUCCACUGGUAGGCUUCUCAGAUAUGACCCUCCUACCAAAACAACUCAUGUAGUAUUGGAUGGCCUAGCAUUUCCAAAUGGAGUGCAGCUAUCUAGGGACCAAACUUUCAUUGUCUUCACCGAGACUACCAAUUGCAGGCUAAUGAAAUACUGGCUGGAAGGACCGAAGACCGGGAGGGUGGAACUUGUCGCAAACCUGCCUGGUUUUCCAGACAACGUAAGACUUAAUGAUAGAGGCCAAUUCUGGGUUGCAAUAGAUUGCUGCAGGACAGCAGCACAGGAGGUUCUUACUCAGAAUCCAUGGAUGAAGAGUGUUUAUUUCCGGUUACCAAUCCAAAUGAGGUACUUAGCCAGGAUGAUGGGCAUGAAGAUGUACACAGUUGUAUCCCUCUUCAAUGAGAAUGGAGAGAUCUUGGAAGUUCUUGAGGAUCCAAAGGGUGAAGUAAUGAAGCUAGUGAGUGAAGUCAGGGAAGUAGAAGGGAAGCUGUGGAUUGGAACUGUGGCUCAUAACCACAUUGCUACCCUCCCAUAUCCUUAGCACCAACAGCACAAAUCCUGAUAGUUAUUUUGUUCAUCUGUGCUGUGCUGCAUGUUCCCUUUGAUUUGGACUCUCCUUUAUUUAGCAAUGGUUUAACAAA